CAUUGUGGGAAGGCGAGAAAGAUGGCGGCGCCCAUAAGGAGGUCUCUGCUCCGGGUGGCCCGGGACUGGCGGCGGUUCGAGCGGUUCUCGGCGGCUUCCCUGGGUUCUCGCAGUCUGGCCCUCGUGGCCGCACCAUCGAACAGCGGGUCCCCAUGGCGUCUGUUGGGCGCGCUGUGCCUGCAGCGUCCACCGCUAGUCUCGAAGUCACUGACCCCGUUGCAGGAGAACAUGGCGGCUGUACUGCAGCAGAUCGAGGUAGAGAAAAGUCUGUAUUCAGACCAUGAACUUCGUGCUUUGGAUGAAGCCCAGCGACUGGCAAGGAAGAAAGCCGACCUCUAUGAUGAAGAAGAUGAACAGGAUAUAUUAAUGGUGCAGGAUUUGGAAGAUAUGUGGGAGCAGACAUUUCUACAGUUCAAACCUGGAGCUCGUGUAACAGAAGCUGAUAUAAAGAAUGACCGAACCUCAAUGCAUCGGAAGCUAGAUAGGAAUCUUGUUCUGUUGGUCAAAGAGAAGCUUGGAGACCAGGAUGUCUGGAUGCUGCCCCAGGCAGAGUGGCAGCCUGGGGAGACCCUCCGAGGAACAGCUGAGCGAACCCUGGCCAUACUCUCAAAAAACAACAUGGAAGCCAAGUUUCUAGGCAAUGCACCCUGUGGCCACUACAAGUUCAAGUUCCCCCAGUCAAUGCGGAAGGAUAAUAGCCUCGGGGCAAAAAUAUUCUUCUUCAAAGCACUACUUCUAUCUGGGGACUUGUCCCAGUCCGGGAAGAAGGGCCAUCAUGUGUGGGUCAGUAAGGAGGAGCUGGGUGACUAUUUGAAACCAAAAUACCUGGCCCAGGUUAGGAAAUUUCUCUUGGACCUCUGAUGGACUGAGUUGCCUAUGGACAAUGAACAGAAAAGUCUAAGAUUGGGGCCUCAAGGACAUUUGUUUGGUUGGCCCAUUUUUGUAGGGAAUAUCAAGCAGCAAGCUGAAUUUUGAGAAAUAAAUGGGUUAAUCAUUAUGUUGGCCUCAGCUGAUUUGCCUUUGGAAGACUACUGGGUUGCUUCCAGUGAAGAGAGAGCCAUCUCUUGGGGUGCCUUUCCACUUUUUCUCCAGCUGGUAAUUGAGUAUUAUAUUACUUAACAGUGACUCACUGACUUUCUGGACCCAGGGAAAAGAAAUGAUUUGAGCUUCUUAAAACCUUCAGUUCUGUGGAAGAUUCUAGGCCCAUGAGGAAGGAAACAGUUCUCUAUAGUUUCUCAGCCAUUUUUCAUUUUGUUUUUCCUUUCUUUUCUACUUGAUAUGAAGGUGUUUUAAUCUAGCCUAGGACAUAAUGCUUUUCUUUUUCUUUCUUCCUUUCCUCCUCCUCCUCCUCCUCCUCCUCCUCCCUCCCCUUCUUCUUUUUGAAAUCAUUUUGUAUUUAAAAUAAUUUAAUCACCUGCUAUCUAUUUUGAGACAGUCAUGUGAAAUAAGCAAGUCCCUGUUUUAAGAAUGGAGGAAUUAUGGCCUGGUUGUGAUUUGGCUCAGAGUAAUAUGGCAAGUCCCUUGUGGCACCAGAGGAGAACCCUGAUCCCCUAUCUCUGGGUUGGGGCAUCUAGCUCUGUAAUGUGUUGUCUGGGUCACCACUGGUCCCCCAUGCCUGGCACAAGAAAGUUACUCAACAAACAUUUGCUGAAUGAAUCAAAGAGAGCGCGGACCUCAGGCAUACCUCUGUCUGUCCAGAAUAGAGGUUCCAGUAGCAAGGCCGCAGUCCUGGAUCCCAUCAAACUUUUCCUGUUUUCCUCUGAGACAGCAUUCUGGAUUAAACAGAUUGAUCUGUGUGAUGUGGGCUUAUGAAAUGGGAUUUCUGUCUCUGAGUCAAAUGUAACCUUGUAUUCUUACCCGUAGUCAGGGAAAUUGCUUCCUGCAACCAAAAUUGAGGAACCUUGCCUGGCAUUUCCUUUCUUGCUCUUCACCUCCUGCAUGUGCUCUCUCUUUCCUCAUUACUGAGGGCAGCUGUCCCCUAGCUGAGGCUCACAGAUUGUCUGGGCGGUAGGAGAGAGUAAGGAUAUUAUAGGACCAGAAAUGCUCUUUCUUUUCCUGAGUUUUGGGUUGAGUUUUGUAUGUGAACUGUACUGCAUAUUCUUAGGGCCUCAGGUACCUCUUUAACAAAGAAGGGAAGGCUCAUUAGGGUGCUUUCAUGAUCAUUCGUAAGAUGGUAUGUUUUGGUACAUUUCAUAUGUAAUGGGAAUUAUGCAAUUGGUAAAUGGAGAAAUGGUGGCAGGAUAACCCAAACUUAGGUUGAUUCUUGUGAGAUUUUCCCCAGCACUUUAAUGUUUGAAAUGAUUUGGAACAAGGCUGAAUAUCCAAAAAAAAGAAAAAAAGAGAAAACAUUUUGUAGAAAUUCAUUGCUUUUUGCAAGUAGUGACUGGUUUAGUAGCUUGAAAAAUCAGCUUUUCUACCAUGUUAGACUGUCUGGAGAAACUGUGAGUGGAAAUGAAGAAGCUGUGAAGACAUGCCACCUCUACCCCCACCUCCUGACUUUGUUUUAAAAAAUUGGUGUAGAAGCCUCACCUUUGAUCGUAUUUUUAACUUUGAUGGAACUGGUCUAUUAGGACCUGCGUCUCAGAGGACCUGCAUUCAGGAAGAAGCAUGAGCCCCAGGAUUUGAGGCUGCAAGAGGAGGCUCUGCUGUGCAUCCCAAUGGGGAUUUACAGCAUUAGUAUCCUCAUUAGGCUUGCUUCUGCUUUGUUAAUGUUCUGGUUACAAAAUUCUAUAGGUUUUGAGUGAUCUGCCCCAACUCCUUUUCCCGGAAGCCCUAUUAUUUUUGGAGUGUGAAUUUGCAGAAUGCAAGCCUGAAUCUUCCAGUGGCUGCCACAGCUGACCAAAAAAAAAUUGUUUCAGAUUGGCAGGACAUGAAAUAGGAGAGGUGAUUGUAUCUGUAUUUGUGGGGGCCUUUGAAGAAAACUGUGCAGGAGGGGGUGAGGGUAAUUGGAAUGGUAGGGGAUGAGGAGUGGCAGUUUGAAGUGUUGGUGCACCCUAAGAAGACAAAUGCCAUUCUGUGUGUGUGUGCAUGAGGCAUGUAAAACAGAUCACCCAGAUUGCUGGAAGGAUCCUCCAGAAUCAGCCCUCCCACUUGGUCAUUGCUUUCCUAAGUGAUUUCCACUUUUGCUGGUGUUACAGAGAAAAUACUACUGCUCAUAAACUUCCUGUUUACUUCCUCAUCCUCAAGAGUCACCUCCUGCUGGGCCAUUUCUGCUCCUUGUACGAGCUUCUACACUUAAGAGUUUUAUAGGGUAAUCAGUUGUUUGUUAUCUGGCUCCCAUACCUAACUGAACUUCUAAAUCCUAGUGCAGAGCCUGCCUCAAGGUCAUACUCAAAAAUUAUUUAAGUUAAUCAACUUUUUUCCUCAUGAGCACUGAACUUGGAGUCAGAAAACCUGGGUUUGCAUUUGUUUUAUGAUGGUAGGCAAAUAAUAGCUACUAUCACUGAUUCCUGAAUGCCAGGAACUGUGGCCAGGGCCCUCCCUAACAACUUACAUUUUUUACUUAAAGCAGCAGGCAAGCAUUAUUAUUCCUGUUUUAUAGAUGAGAGAACAAGCUCCAAGAGAUUAGUUAACUUGCAUAGGGUUACCCACUAGUAAGUGGCAGGGGCAGAAUUCGAACUCAGAUCUGUGUGCAAAACUAAUUCUUAACAUUUCUUAACUUUGCCUUUCUGUAAAAUGCAGAUGAUACUAUUUCUCAGGUAAUGUGAUAAUUUAUGUGAAAGUACUUAGCACAUGCAUGGCUUGUUAUAAACACUCAAGUAAAUGUUUCCCCCCUUCCAACAUA